AUGAAAUCAAAUUGUCUUAUUGUCCAAAGCUGUUCCUCUCCUAAUGUGGGCGAGAUGUCUCUUUCACCGCACUCAGAAAAUGAUAGCUCAUGUGUUUCCUGUUCUGGAAAAGGCACAACUUUUUCAAAUCUUGUAGAAGGCUAUUGCUACAGUGACUUUAGUGCCUCACAAGAAGAAAAUAAGAGCCUCAUUAAAGCAAUAAAAGAGCUUGAAGAAGAACUUAGUCAUGAAAAAAGAAAGCGAGUUUAG